UCGCGAAGGGCGUCCCCGAUGCAUCGUCAAGCAGUGGCGUCCGCGAAAAAGUAAGCGCAAGGGUCGAGGAGGGCUCAUCUCCUCGAGCACUCGGAACAGCCAUCGUCACGGCAAGGUCGUCUUGCGUGGCGGCCAAGCUUGUUUGAAAGGAAACGUUGAAAAGGUGCUUUUGGAGCGGCGAUUGUUGUGGUAGUGCCGUGUCAGCUGGCUGGAACAUGAGCCCACACGUUGGCGGAGACGGUUUGCCGCCGAAAUCUGUUUUGGAGCCAAAGAGCGUCGGUACAGAGGAUGUGAAGCCACCGUCUCCAAAACCCGUAAGCAAGUUACUACGACGGUGGAACUGCUGGGGCCAACUUCCCCGGCAUGGCCCCGACAGCGUCCACAGCUGGCUCGUUGCAGGUUGCUGUGCCAUGGCGUGCUUUUGUUCUAUGGCUGGGAGGCGUUCGUCCGGAUUUCUGCUUGUUGCUUUCCUGGACACCUUCCAAGUGAACAGGCGGGAGGCAUCGUGGCCCAUCAUGCUGCUUAGCGCCCUUCUGUGCCUGUCUGGGCUUGUUGGAGGACCUCUGGCACACAGGUUCACGGCGCGACCAGUCCUGAUAGCGGGAUCAGCACUGUCUGGCAUCGGCGCAAUGCUCAGCUUCUUUGCUACAAGCAUUGACGUCGUUAAAAUAACAAUCGGAGGGAUUCAUGCAAUCGGAGCGGGCAUGGUGUUCGUCGUGUCUCCUACGAUCAUCAGUGAGCACUUCGUCAAGCACAAAGGCCUCGCCACAGGAGUCUACUUCUUGGGUGCCACCAUGGCAGCGUUUGUUUUUCCGAAGUUGCUGGAGUACCUCUAUGACAGGUACGGCCUGCACGGCACGCUUCUGAUCUUCGGAGCGGUGCUCAUGAACGGACUUGCGUUCAGCCUCUUCCCUCGCACUCCACAAUGGAGGAAGACCGCUCCCCUCCAACAGAAGAAAGGCAACGCCGAGUCGUCUGAGGAGAAUUCCGGAUCGUGGCGUCACGGACUUAGCAUCUUCAAGUCACCCAUUCUCUACCUCUUCAUGUAUAGUUUCAUCGUACAAAGCUUCGGAUAUGAGUGCUACAUCGCCCUUUUCAUUGACUUUGCUGUGGAUCGAGGGGCUGCCCUGUCCACUGCAGUGACAGUGUACGCCAUGGGAGCGAUCGCCGAGGCCUUCGCGAGGCUGUCGCUUCCAGCCGCAGUCGACCGCGGACUACUCUCCAAUAAGGCACUGCUGGUGAUUGUUUUUGCCGGCCAGGGUUUAAUACUGCUCAUACUGCCCUUCUUGCACAGUCACGGACUCAUCUUCGCCGCUUCUGUGGGUACAGCCUGUACGAUUGGCGCUGGAAUGAUCGUGAUUCCCGUUACUGUAUCCGGCUAUUUUGGUGUGGAACGGAUGUCGAUGGCCUACGGCAUCAUCGUUGCUUCGGCUGGGAUGUUUUCUUUUGGAAAGCCUACAGUCAUAGGCUACUUCAGGGACAGAAAAGGCGCCUACGACGUUCUCUUUCUCAUCUGUGGAUCGCUUACAGUGCUGGCUGCUCUUACGUGGAGUCUGGUUUUCCUGCUAGAAGUUAGACAAGAAAGAAAGAAGAUGUCGAAGGAGUGUGCAGUAGCCGAGAAUGGAGUGGAAAUCACACACAUGUGAAUCUAAAAUAUCGUGACACAGGCAACGGUUGACAAGGAACACUAAAGGGUAACGCGAAGGUGGCAUCACAGAAAGCUAAAAUAAUUAGGAGAUUGUGUUGGCAGCGUUAAAAGAGGAGAGUGAAGAGCCAGUUCUGCGACCUUUCUUCUUGUGCAUGCAAGCUUUCACAACUUUGGGAUUAAAUCGCUUGCGCGCGAGUAUGUCUGUUGCCCAUGGUUGCCUUUGUCUCUAGGUCGGUGGGCCCGUCCGCCUAUCCUUCCGCCCACGUCCCCUCUAUCUAUCUAUCUAUCUAUCUAUCUAUCUAUCUAUCUAUCUAUCUAUCUAUCUAUCUAUCUAUCUAUCUAUCUAUCUAUCUAUCUAUCUAUCUAUCUAUCUAUCUAUCUAUCUAUCUAUCUAUUGUCUGUCGCUACGCUUCUUUUGCAUUGGUACUAUGUAAUUAUAAUUUUGACAAUGACGGCUUUGUCCGCAGCUCCGGACGAAAGGCGGUGGUUGCCCUUCAGACAUGGUCCUGCUCGCGCUGGGCGUAACAACAGCAAUGCUUACAUGGCUAUGCGUAAUUAAAACCGACAAAAUAUAUAAAAUACAGAUAAGGAACAAAGGAGCUGUUAACCUGGUCAACAGUAAGAGGUGGUAGUACUACUUUUUGGCAUAUGUGAACAUAGCAUAGUUGCUAGGAAGAAGUGAAGACAAAUGCAAAGCAAACAAAGGACACAACACGCAUCUC